AUGCCUAAAAGAGUACGACAAAUUUUGGACGAAGUCGGUGAUCAUCCUAUCCUCAAAAUUCAACUUGGUCGUACACCAGUCGAAGCUGUCCUAAUUCUUUUUCUUAAUAUUCUCAGUUCUUGGAAAUUUUCUGAUAAACAAAUUGAACUUGGUUACGACGAAAUUUAUCACAACUAUUUACUUAUUACUAUUCAGAACAAAAAAAAACUAAAUGUAUUACAAACAAUGAUUGAAGCUUCGAAAGAUACCGUUGGUAGUAGUGUUUACAAACUUGAAAAAGCUCAUCGUGUUCGUCUCAUGAAACCAGUAUUUCCUACUGAAUUUGUCGAUAUAUACAAUAUUCCACUUACGUCUAAUAAAACAUUUACGUUAAAUCGAUUAAUAACUACAGCAUCAAAUAUAGACAAACAUUUUUAUACAUACGAUGCUGGCAAUAACAAUAUGUGUCAAACAUUUGUGGAAAAUAUUAUUGAUAUUAAUGGUUUAACAUCAAAUAUUAUUGAUAAUAUAACACGAAUAGCUCUUAAACCACAAGAUGCUAAAACACUUGUUGCUACACUAGGUAGUCGAAGUGAUAUUGUUAAACGAAUUACAGAUCUAGGUGGUACAUUAGAUAAAUGGGUAUUUGAUCAUAAAAUUAAAUGGAAAAAACCAGUGGUAAAAGAGUUUACACUUAUUGGCAACAUGCAUGUUAAAGCAAAAAAUGAUAUUACAAAUAACAAUAUAGAUGAUAUUAUAAAUAAUAAUAUUGAUGAUAUUCUAAGUAGUAGUGCUGAUACUAUUGUUGUAAAUGGAAUGACAGAUACUGUCAUCGAAAAUGUUGAUGAUGCAUUUAAUGCUGUUAUUGCACUUGAGGAAGACGAGAAGAAGACAAAACGAAAUCAAUUGAUUAUCAUGAUUUUUAGUAUUCUACUCGUAAUUUUACUAAGUCUUGGUGCUGCUUUUGUUAUCUUUUUCAUAUGGCAAAAAAGAAAAGAUAAGCUUAUGGGAAAAGAAUCAACCGGUGAUAUAGUAGAUAAAUCAAAAACCGAGUCAAAUUUAUCUAUAGCUACUCAUGCGAAUGGCGAUUAA